AUGUUCUAUUUUGGCUACAUGGCCGCCAGCUAUCCCAUGUCAUUUGGCUUCGCCAGAUUUCCAAUCGCUCGAUUUCUUGGUGUAACAAUGGUUAUAUGGGCCAUUGUGCUCUGUUGCCAUGCUGCAGCCAGCAACUUUGCUAGCCUCAUGGUACUACGGUUUCUUCUAGGUGCCUCUGAGAGCGCCAUCAGUCCGGGCUUCAGUCUAUUGACGGGUAUGUGGUAUGCACCAGAGGAGCACGCGUCCCGCCACGCAAUCUGGUUUUCCGGUAAUGCCAUUGCGACUGUGUUCGGCAGUCUGCUUGCGUAUGGUAUCGGGCAUGCGCAGAGCGGAAUCGCAUCUUGGAGGCUCAUCUUCAUCAUAUUUGGAGUCAUAACCCUUGCUUGGAGUUUCGUUAUUCUCUUCUUUCUUCCUAAUGAUCCCUCGACCGCUAAGUUCCUUACCGAGGAAGAACGAGCCUUCGCCGUGAGUAGGGCUCAGAAGGCCCAAUCAACAUCGCAGACAGGUCAAUACGAGUGGUCUCAGGUGUGGGAAGCCCUAGUUGAUCCUAAAACCUGGCUUCUCUUUCUCUACGCUUUCCUCGGAUCUUUGCCUAAUGGAUGCAUAACCAACUUUGGCUCCAUUAUCAUCCAGGGGCUGGGUUUCAACACUGUGACUACACUACUUCUCAAUAUGCCCAUGGCGGGAUUCCAGCUCAUUUCCGUUUUUGGCGCCGCUUAUGCAGUCACAAAGAUCAAGAAUUCGCGGGCUGUAACCGUGGCAAUACUCAAUGCCAUCAGCCUUGUUGGAGUCAUCCUGAUACGCCAACUACCAUCGACCAACCGCGUGGGACACCUGAUUGGACUCUACCUAUUAGUGGUCUUUGCAGGAGGCUUCCCCAUUACACUAAGCCUUGUCAGCAGCAACGUCGGGGGCUUCACCAAGCGAGGCACAGUCACUGCUCUCAUAUUCGUAGGGUACUGUGCAGGAAACAUUGCUGGUCCUCAGUUAUUCCUCGAAACUGAAGCUCCUGCUUACACGACCGCUUUUGUUACCCUUCUCGUCUGCUUGUGUCUGUCAACAGCGGACAUGCUGGGAUUGGCAGCGUUCUUCCACUGGAGAAAUGUGGCCCGUGACAAGAAAUACGGUGCGCCUGUCGCUACUGAGGACGCGCCCGCCGUCAUUGGGGCUAGAGCGAAACUGGACAUCACAGAUUGGAAAAACAAGAAUUAUCGUUACUACCCUUAG